AUGAAUCGACAAUACUUACAUCGAAUAAGUCCCUUUUGUAGAAUUGCCGUAGGUAUUCAACCAAAAAAAUUACUUUUUUCACAUACUUUAACCUCCACCAAAUUAAUCCGUCUAUAUAGUACUGAUGAUAACAGUAAGAAUACUAAACAAUCAGAUAACAGCGAUCCACAUCAUGACAUGAACCCUGAUAAUGUUAGAUAUAACAAUUACAACUUGGAAAAACAAACAGACCUUCAUCUUAAAAGAAUCAGAGACAAAAUUGCACGAGAGAAAAGCGUUGACGAAUCAGAAGUAGUAUCAUCUAAUAUAACCACAUCCCAAUACUUUGCUAAAAAACCAAGUAAUGAUAAUGAAGUUUUAAAAGAAAAGGCAAAAAACUGGGGGAUUCUAGAAGAUAAGGAUGCUGUAAGUGAAAAAGAAUAUGAGCGCAAGAUGGAAAGGAUUUUGAAAAUACAAACUUUAUUUCAAGGUUUACUCACGAUUCUAAUUGUUGGUGGUAUUAUUGCUGUUUUCUACAACUAUACCAAUUGGUUUGUUUCAGUACCUGCUUUGACAAAUGAACAAGAUUUGAACAAGAAAUUAGACCUAAGUAGAAAAACGAAGGGUAAUUUGAAAAGAAAAAAUAGACUGCUUGAUGUUGUUAACAACGAAAAGAAUAAGUUUGAUCAGUAUUGUACUGACCUAGGGAAUGGUAUAAUGAUAUGGGAAAAUGGGAAAUUGGAAUUCAUAAAUGGUUUAAAGGAUGUCAUCGAUGCUAGUAUUGCUAACGACAAGAUUUAUGUUAUUACAAAAAGGGGAGAUUUAUACGAGGGUGGUAAUAAUGGUGAACAGCCUUAUAAAUUAGUUUUGAAGGAUCAAAAAUUAACUAGCUGUAAAUUUUCUAAUCAUGAUUCCACAUGCUACGCCAUGAAUAGACAUGGUGAAAUUUUAAUUAUCCCGUUGCAGGACAAAGAAUACGAAGCCCACAUAGGGGUUAAAAGAUCUAUAUUAUUGCCAUGGAAGAAGUAUUGGACGUAUGAUUAUAAACUAUCUAAUGACCAAUACAGUGAUUAUGACACGGGUAAAGAACACUUGGUUUGUAUUUCCAAGAAAACCCACAAGGCCUAUUCUUGUUCCACGGUUAAAAGAAUGGAUAAGUUAAGAGGCCAAUUGGGGUUACCUGAGUUUUCGCCUAUUUUGUCUACAAGAAGUGAUAAUGAAAAGUAUCCUCAAUUGAAUGAAUUAUAUGAUAUAGAGUUGUUAAAUAAUAGUGUUGUAGGAGGAGGAGGAAAUAAAACUGGUAAAGUAACUAAAAGAAAUAUCAAAAAAGUUAGUUGUGGUGAUUACCACACCUUAGCUUUGGACGAUAAAGGUGCAAUUUAUUCAUUUGGUAAUAAUAGGUUUGGACAGUUGGGGUUUUUAGUGUCUUAUGACUUGGAAACAGUUGCAUUUCCGAGAAAAUUAAAUAAAUUCCCACAACUAAAUGAAACAGAUGAAUCUGGAGAAAAUGUUUAUGAUGAUGAUGGAAAUGUAAUUGCAGUUAAUCCUAUUAAAGAGACGGGUAGCGAAAGGCGUCCAUUAAGAUAUUGUGAUUGGGAAUGUACAGAUAUCGAAUGCUGUGGGAAUACUUCUUAUGCGACAAUGUUAGAUAAAAAUACAGGAGACUAUGCUUAUUUCAGCUUUGGCAAUGGAAUUAACGGCCAAUUGGGUACAGGUGUAUUUAAACAUACACAAUCUAUGCCGUCCAGAAUGAAAUUUGUUCUUAAUAAUAACAGUGGGCAUCAUGAGGACUUGAAUGGGUUAAAAGUCAAUAAAUUUUAUAUGGGUAAUGAAUGCGGUAUUUGUACCUUAGCUCCAGAUAACGAACUAUAUGUUUGGGGGUCUAAUUUAUUAAACGGUGUGAUUGGUGUAGUUAAUGGCAAAAGAUUUGAGAAAGUAGUUGAUACCAAUUUAAGGUUACCUGCUGGUGCUAAUAUUUAUUGCAAUGGGAAAACAACCAUUGUUUAUUAA